AUCGCGAAAGCAUAAAAUGUCUUUAAAAGUGAAUAAAUUAUUUUUAAAUAUAAUUUUAAUUAUAUUUUCAAUUUUGAAUACUUUACCACUUGCACUGGGUGGGUGUUUGGUACGAUUUGAUGCAGAUACAUCCCUACGGCCAAAUUUGUUCCUAAAAAUCGGAUCACAUACAGUGGAUUUAACAAUAAGUGAUGCGGAUACCUUCUUAAGCUUGCACAAUGAACAAGAACUGGAAGCACAUUGCAGUACUAAAUUUGAAUUUCCCAGUCAAUACAACACAAAUAAUAAAAUUUUUAUAAAAUGUGAUGAUGAUAAUUAUAUAUAUAUAAAGGACAACAAUGGCAAUUAUAGGGGUCACUCUAGAGAUAUCUCAUUUGUUUGUUCAUCUGUAAAAUGGAAUUUAUAUGAAACAUCUAACAAUUUUGUAUGGUGUCCAUCGAAUGUGACCUCAUAUAUUUUAGCCAGGCCAAAGGAAUCGCCUACAACAAACUACGAAUAUCUGGCGGGCAUUUGUUAUGACACCCACAAUCUAUCUUUUAAAUCGUUGUACUACACAAUCGCACCGAAAAAUUCUGAGCAUUUGCAUCCAACUGAUUUAUCCAGUUUAUAUACGCCCAGUAUUCAGUUGGAAUACCUUAAGGAAACGUUCGCCAUGAAGAGCGUUAGGGAAUCCGAUUUUGACCACAAAGACAUACAAGAUUGGAUGAAAUAUGCCCAAUACAAUUUUAGUUCCGCCAUACAGAAUUCAAUUUUGUAUGACGAUUUUAAUAACCAACUAGGUUCUAUACUUGAUUUGGCUUGGUGGCCCCCUCUGCGUUUGGGCAAUUGGAAGCGUUAUGAAACGGCCCUGGCAAAACAAGUUGAAAACCAAAAUCAGGUCUAUGACAUAUUGGCGGGAGUAUCGGCUGUCGCAAUGGCUCCCAUCAUUAAGACCUGCGACACGUAUUACACAUUAAAGGAAUUGAUAGACAAUAGAAAUCAUAAAAUACCAAUGUAUAUUUGGAAUUAUUUACGUUCGACCAGUAAUAGUUCGGACGAAAUUGUAGUCAUUGGUUUCAAUUCACCAUUUUUUGAGUUUUAUUCGGAAAACGAUGUUAUAUUUUGUGCCGAUAAAUGCCAAGAAAUCCCUUGGUUGCAAAAGGUCAGCACAACUUUUCAUUACAGUGCUUUGGGCGUCAUUUUCUGCUGCAGUGUCGAGGAUGUUAUAACUUCAAAUCGCUUGGAAGGUUUUCCUACAAUAAAUACGGACACAAAACCACAACCAGUUAUUGAAACUACCUUACGCUAUAAUUAAAUACUUAUAUUACCAAACUGAACAUUAAUUAUGAAAGGGGUCGGAAAAGAAUAUUUUGAAAGCGAAUUAAUACUUAUACAUUUUCAUGUAAUUAUUUUUUAAAAUAAAUAAUAAAUACUCAACAAAUAUUUAGUGCAUAAA